AUGAGUCAAUUUCAACUAUUUCCCUCGCCACCUGCGGCGAGGGUUGGAACAAAUCCGUUUCGCAGAGGAGCCAAGAAGCCACCGGGUAUGGAAGAGCAGCCUCCAUCCUCAGUCGCCCUCCAUGAGGUCAACGAAUCCACAAAAACCGAGUCAGUACUGCUGCAGAUCAUCGAAGAUACCUCGUCUUUUCCUCGUCCACCAUCUCGAACACACCACGCAAGAUCUGGCUCUCCGUCAUCUACGGAAGUACUUCGCAAAGCCACUUCUUCUCAUACGCCUCGCAGUCAAAGCCGUCAAGAUAUCAGACCUGUCGACCGCCCUCUGCCACUACGAGCCAGUACAGACAACGAUAGAGGGAGUACCAGUGAGAUCAGUCGCCAGAACACCAUCUCUACCGCCUCGCCACAGUCAUCUCAGUCAUCUGUGUCGCCGAAUCCAAUGAAAUCGAUAUUUCCUCGUUUUAACCCAAAGCAUCCUUUGCCAAGAUCGAUUGCUCAGCCUCCAUUUUCAAGUAAUGUUGAAGCCCAGAAGAAGAGGUCGCGCAAACCGCUUCUCACUUUGGAUACUUCCUCGGAAAUUGACCACGUCUUGGGGCCCAAAACCGUUCCGGCGAGUGUCUUGAAUUUUCCAAAUGGCAUUGCCGAUUCAGAGGAGAUAAGGUACUCGACUCCAUACGAGCUGGAAGUACUAUGGGAAGCUGCCAACGGGCAAAGACCUACAAAUUUAGCUGGGGCCUUCAGCAUGCAUCUAGCAAGGACUGGUCCUGCGACUUUCAAGUUCGGCCAUCUACAGCAACCCUUCUACACGUUGGAAACAUUUCAAAAUGACGAACUCUCAAUAUCUCGGGGCGCACCGAGCAAAGCGAACAGUAAUGUACCGGUGAUGUCACUCAAUCUUGAAGAUCGUCGCCGACGCGAGCAUCCACACGAUGGCUUGGUCGCUCUGCUCUUUUCAAGGCUAGCAGCGAUGCUUGCAAUUGAACAAGCAGGGGAUAUCGCCAAAAUACAUCUUCUGAGCCCUGUUGAAGCAGCCGGAGUUCAGAGAGACGCUCUCAACCGGGCUUCCGCCCAAGAGUCAUGUCGUCUAUCAUGGAAUCGCAACUUGAGACUCUAUGAGCUGCGCCAUCCACAAGUCGUGAAACGGCAACCGCAUGCACUGGUAGGGGCCGAGGGGAUCCCCCUUUCACCCGUCAGGUCUUCGUCUUCCGGAGUCUUGUAUAUCACCGUCUCUGCACCUUCAAGCGACGUUGUACCUCAACAGGCCCCGACAAUUUUGGUCACAAAUCCAGCAUCCUCGGCUGCUCUGGCGACGGCGCACCAGGCUGCCAAUCCACGAACGUCGACACUCCCCAUGGCGGACUCGGACGAGCCGCUUGUCUGCCUCGACUUGACGACUCGCACCCUCACAAUUUCACCGGCCGCAAUCAUUGCAACGAUACCUUCGUUAUACGCUAUUGACUCUGUGAUCGCCGCCGUACUUGCGGUUGCCGUCUCGGACGAAGCUACAAACCCCAUCCUAGCCGAUAUGGAAGUCGAAUCUCCGACUUCCAAUGCGCAAGACCCACGAACCGGAGGCGGCGUUGGUAUUCCUUACCGUGGACCCUUAAUCACAACGCAAGCCGAACGCGAGGACUACGCCGAAAGCCUUCAACUUGCGUCGCAAAUCCAAACCGCAAAGGAUCAGGCAGAAUCCAAUCCCGAACGAAAAAGCUUCUUCGGUCUCUGGAAAACACACCGAGCCCCCAAAUCCGAUCAUGUGCGAAGUGGCAAGAAGGACAACGAGAUCGUCAUAGAGGAAAUUGAUCUUGAAAAAUACGGUCGCUAUGGAAAGGGGUCUUCCCGGGAAGGCGAGAAGCUCCCCGGGAUUGUGCGGACGGUGUUGAAAUUGAUGUUUUUAGGACUCAAUUUGAUUAUCAACGGGAUGACGUUACUGGUGAAGCUACUGGCUUGGCUCCUGGUACGCUCUACGCGAUGCGUCACGAGUGAUAAAUUCUGA